AUGGAGCAAACAACCGACCCCUCUUCCGGUCCCCAUAACCCCCCCACACACACAGAAUCCGACCACGCCAAACAUGUCGCCUUGCCCAAGUCGCAAAUCUGCGACCACCGACAUUCAUUUCCCGAGUUCAACGGUGACGAGCUCUUUCAACGUCAUUACCAAAUCUGGCCGUCAGAUUCUGAGGGUAGCAAUCUACUAACGUCUCAAAUUCAGAAACAAUGCCAGUUUGUUUCUUCAGUCCUACAAGUUGAACGUCGCGUUCAUGCGGUGACGGCCGCAUACCAUGACGGCUUCCCGAUAGUGCUUGUCCUCCUUGAGGACAGUGCAUUGCUCCCAAUUCUCAGUCAAGAUCAGCUUCAUUUCGAAGUUCAUGUUUUUCUCGGUCAAUAUCAGUGGGCCUCGGGGUUUGAUGCUCCUUCACAGGUUUCGUUCGGCGGGUACCUCUCACCUCCUAGCUCCGCGGUAUGUGCCGGAACAUCGAUCACCUUACUACCAUCACUGUUACCAUCCAUGUCGCCCACAUCUUCCACAUCUCUAUCUCCUUCAAAGACUCAACUCGCCCAGUCUACCUUCACUGCAGGACUUUUCUUGCAAGAUAAGGACCAUCCAUCCAACCGCUACAUACUAUCUGUGGGCCAUCCGUUCUCAUCCGAAUUUCACUCUCAUGUCAUUAACGACGAAAGAAAAGACAUUAAAAUUGGAUGGCCAGAUGCAUCGCUAUCGUUAGAGCACUGCGACCAGUACUUGAAACUGGCAAAUUUGCGAAUUCCGAAACUGCAAGCUGAAAUGAAUCUCCUCCAUGCCCAAACUCUUGAAUUCAAAGGUGGCAACGAACAUCAGCAGAACCUGUUCCAUUCCCGCAAGAAGCGUUAUGAGUUUUUAGCUGCUACUAUCGAGCUAAUGAAGCUCGACAUUCUCGAGAUUUCUAAUCGGAAAAUUUCUUUGGAGAAGCUCAGGAUUACUCCAUCUGACACUGAAAUAGGGCAUGUCUUCAUGGCAUGUUUUGGUUUUGUCAAUGACACCUCAGUUUCGACAUCAAAAUCCGACUCCAUUCUUCUCCCCCAACAUAUUCCUCUGACACCUUCUGCAUCUCAACCACAUUCUCCCCACCAAAACCACCAAUUCAUCGACGUUUCUCUUAUUAAGAUUACUAAUCAACUGCUGAUCCCCCCGCCGAGCAUACCGCAACAUUUUUCCUCUAUUCAAGAACUUCGGCCUGGCCAGAAAAUCGUAUUGGAUUGUAUGGCCGUGCAGCCACUACAAAUAGGGAAAAUCGGCUCACUCGAAAGUUUUUUCGGACUUCCCGACCCUGUCUGCACGACGAGAAAUUCUACCGAAAUAUCAGAUGCGAAGUAUUUUAUACACGAAUACUGUGUUUCGAAGCCUCGUUUUGCGGACCCUGGAGCUUCGGGUGCUAUUGUUCGUACGUCCGCCGAAGGUGCUGCAACAGGCAUGGUUGUUGGGAUUUUCGAAGGUCCAGGAAUCGAAUUGUCGAUUAUCCUACCUCUUAAACGACUUUUGGAUAGAGUAGCAAGUACGUGUGGGAUGAAUUUGGAGUUGAUUUCUUGA